AUGUCUACUGAGGCCGGGCCUACCAGCACAUCAUAUGUCGCUGUCGACCAUCAACCCGGCCUCCUUUCGCACUCCCAGGAUGCUGUGAUCACAUCCACUGAUGAGAGGGCGACUGCUCUGGCAAAGGAAGAGAAGCCUGCGGCUCACGUAGGCGACUUUGAGAAGCAGGCCCGAGCGGAAUCUGCCGAUCUGGAGCAUGAAUCUACCCAAGAUGAUACGUUCCAUCGAACGGCAUCCACUGUAGCCCCUUCGCAUCGUUCUGUUCAUAGAGACCCUAUGAGUCGGGUAACGACAGAUGCGGAGGGGAACGUUUAUCCUGAGGGUGGAAGAGAGGCAUGGCUUGUGGUGUUUGGAAGCUUUCUCGGCCUUUUUGGAUCACUUGGAUUGAUCAAUACCAUUGGUACUUUCCAGGCCUAUAUUGAGGAACACCAGCUGAAAGACUACAGCUCCGGCGAUGUCGGCUGGAUUUUUGGCAUGUUCGCCUUCUUGACAUUCUUCUGUGGUGUCCAGAUUGGCCCUAUAUUCGAUGCCCGUGGUCCGCGGGCUCUCAUUUUCGCGGGCUCGGUCUGUGAAAUGGCGUUUGUUAUUCUUCUUGGGUUUUGUACCAAGUACUGGCAUUUUAUGCUGGUUGUCGGCGUACUCGGUGGUGUGGGGGCAUCUCUCAUUUUCACUCCGGCGAUCUCGGCAGUUGGCCAUUUCUUCUACGAGAAACGUGGUGUUGCAACCGGUCUCGCAGCUACCGGUGGCUCGAUUGGAGGCAUCGUGUUUCCACUUGUUCUCGAAGCUCUUUUUCCCAAGAUAGGAUGGGCAUGGGCAACUCGUGUAGUUGCUUUGAUCUGUCUGGUUGUUCUGUCCGUAGCAAACCUCCUGAUCAAGUCCCGACUUCCGCAAAAGCCCUUCUCCAAAGAGAACAUUCUUCCCGAUUUCCGCAUUUUCAGUGAUCCUCGAUUUGCACUGACCACGGCGAGCGUCUUCUUCAUCGAAUGGGGUCUUUUCAUUCCCAUCAGCUACAUCUCAUCUUAUGCACUCGACCAGGGAUUCUCCAGCAAAUUCUCAUACCAGAUCCUUGCCAUUCUGAAUGUGGGCUCCUUCUUUGGACGUUGGCUACCCGGGUUCUUUGCUGACUUCUUGGGUCGCUUCAACACUCUAAUCGCUACCGUGGCUCUUUGCCUACUCUGCAAUGCAUGCUUAUGGCUUCCCGCGGGAAACAGUCUGGCUCUACUUGUGAUAUAUGCACUACUUUUUGGAUUCGCUAGUGGUAGCAACAUCAGCUUGACGCCCGUCUGUGUCGGCCAACUCUGCAAGACCGAGCACUACGGUCGGUAUUACGCUACCGCUUACACCAUCGUAAGCUUUGGUACCUUGACCGGUAUGCCCAUAGCUGGUGAAAUCCUGGCGCGGUGCAACGGGCAAUACUGGGGUGUUAUUACGUUCACUACCGUCUGCUAUGCAGCAGGGUUGAUCUGCUGCACAUCUGUGAAGGUCAUUCAAGUCGGAUGGCGUAAGCCAUUGUCGAUUUACUAG